GUUUAACCUCCGCUAUCAUAGACUGUGCUCGACUUAAACACCUAUCACCUUCCGUGUCACUCGUAUCUUUGCGGUUUCAUUCAUCGCGGCAGCUCUUCCAAUUUGCAACUUUGCUCGUUUUCAGCGACAUCGUGCGGGUUUAAGGCUGAUCUUGACCUUUUUACGUCGGAGAAUCGCCAGCUGCUUGGGUUGACCUGAAGCACUCGGUCCCAUCAUAAUGUACGCCUGUGCUAAGUUCGUCUCCACGCCCUCUCUGGUCCGUGCUGGAUCCCGGGUUUUGUACAGACCACUGUCAGCAGCAGUAGUGUCAGAUGGCAGGAAAGCAGAGACUGCUUCACUUCUGGCACCACAGAGCAUCAUAGCCUCCCAGCAGCAGGUGGCGGUUCGGGGAUUCCAAACCAGUGCCGUGAGCCGUGACAUUGACACCGCUGCAAAGUUCAUCGGAGCAGGAGCUGCCACAGUGGGAGUGGCUGGAUCCGGAGCUGGAAUUGGAACUGUGUUCGGUAGCCUUAUUAUCGGUUAUGCCAGGAACCCCUCUCUGAAGCAGCAGCUGUUCUCUUAUGCCAUCUUGGGCUUCGCUCUGUCUGAAGCUAUGGGUCUCUUCUGUCUGAUGGUUGCAUUCCUCAUUCUGUUCGCCAUGUAAACCAGUCUGGUGAUUACUGUGACAGGAUGUAUCACAGUGGUAACAAGAAUUUGCAGUUUUAGUAGGAUGACUUCAACUUAUCGUGUUGCUUAUUCUUGUUCGUGAGUGUUUCUUGAAAGAUUGUGGAUCAGUUGCUGUAUGAAACUGGCAAAACCAACUCAUUUUAAUGAUGAUUUUGUCAUUAUAUUGUAUAUUUAAUCAAACAUUUUUGUUUAAAACCUGCAACCAACAACAGAAGUAAAACAUUUAAUUCCUCAA